AUGGCGACAAAUAUUCACCCCGAGUCUCUGGAGGACUUCGAGUUCAUCCAGACUCCGGCCGCCCCCUGUACCACCCCAGCUGAGGACUGCGGUGUGCGGACAACUUCGUACCCCGCCAUCAAAAAUGCCCCCGUCCCGGCGGAUUCGGCUGGCAGUGACAGCUUCUCCAACAUCCUGCUGUUCUCCCUGCUUCUCCUCGUCCCCUGGUACUCGGCUCGCCAGGUCGGUGGAGGUUUCUACACCACCAUCUUCUUUGCCAUCUUCACCACCAUCCCCAUCCUGAUGGUGUUUUGGUCCGUGGCUUCUUCCAUCUCUCCCCGCAAGAACGAGAAGGCCAAGUAUGCCGGUCGCCCCGUUGAGCACUAUCUGGAUUUCCACAGCGAGCAUGACCGCGCCACGUACCACGGAAAGAGCAAGGUCCCCAUGGAGGUCUUCUACGAGAAGUACUUCAACGGCGAGGUUGACUUCAAGGGUGAUGCCCUGGAGAUGCUCGAAUUCCGACACGACUGGGCCAACUUCCGCUUCACCAUGGGUCUCUUCAAGCACUUCCUCUUCGGCUUCAUUCCCGAAUUGCUCGUUCACUCCCGCUCUCAAGACGAAGAGCAGGUGCGAGACCACUACGACCGGGGCGACGACUUCUACGCUUGGUUCUUGGGUCCCCGCAUGAUCUACACCUCUGGUCUCAUUGGCGAUGUCAACAGGGAAGAAACCCUGGAGGAGCUUCAGGAUAACAAGCUGGCUGUCGUUUGCGAAAAGAUCGGUGUGAAGCCCGGUGAUACCAUCCUCGACCUGGGUUGUGGCUGGGGUACCCUCGCUAAGUACGCUUCGGUUCAUUACGGCGCCCAAGUCACCGGUAUCACGCUCGGUCGUAACCAGACUGCCUGGGGUAACAAGGGUCUUCGCACCGCGGGCAUUGAAGACUCCCAGAGCCGUGUAUUGUGUUUGGACUACCGUGAUGCUCCUCGUGUGGAUGGCGGCUAUAAGAAGAUCACUUGCCUGGAGAUGGCCGAGCACGUCGGUGUGCGUCACUUCAGCACUUUCUUGUCUCAGGUCUACGAUAUGCUGGACGACGAUGGUGUCUUCUUCUUGCAGAUCGCUGGUAUCCGCAAGUCCUGGCAGUACGAGGAUCUGAUCUGGGGUCUUUUCAUGAACAAGUACAUCUUCCCCGGUGCUGACGCUAGUACUCCCCUGGGUUUCGUCGUCGACCGACUUGAGGCCGCUGGAUUCGAGAUCAAGGCUGUUGAUACCAUUGGUGUUCACUAUUCUGCCACUCUCUGGCGCUGGUACCGCAACUGGAUGGGUAACCGUGAGAAGGUCGAAGCCAAGUACGGCAAAAGAUGGUUCCGCAUCUGGGAAUACUUCCUGGCCUCCUCCACCAUCACCUCCCGCCAGGGCGGUGCUACCUGCUGGCAGCUUACUCUGGUCAAGAACAUCAACUCUACUCACCGCGUUGAAGGCAUCCAAAACCAGUUCGGCCUUAACGCGGCUCGUGAGGCCGCUGCUCAGAACGUGGGCAACGGCGCCCGCCCCAGCGCUCACGUUCCUAACAAGGCGUAA